AUGGUGAAGAAACUAACUGCCAAGAAAGUUAUCCACAACGCUCUCCCUGACCUCCUCGUCGAAGAUGAUCACACAACAUCAUCUGCCUUGAAGAAAGCCACUUUUAUUGGCCCUCUAAGGGAGUGGACAAGCUUUCUAGGCUCUGUCUGGGGUCUCACAAAUGUUGAACAGUGGUCGAAAAAAGUCGUCGACCACAAUCUUGCGACUCGAGACCUACAUCGCGAGCUUGUCUCCAUGGGCGACGAACAUGGCGUCUAG